AUGACUGCAAGUUAUAAUAUCUUAUUCAUUCAAGAACCUUCGUAUAGUUCGUCUGAAUGGACUAAUUUAGCUAAUGAUCCAAAUUUUAAUAUAAUUAAACAUAUUUUAAUUCCAAAUGUUUCAACAACAGAAAGUUUUGUCAAUUUUUUACAAAAAUGUGAAAAUAAUAAUAAACCUAUUCAUGCAAUCUUUGGUGGAUUCCCUGCAUUUUACCCAAUCAGUGGUUUAACAGAAAAUAUCAUUGAUUUACCCGUAUUUUACAACAAUGUUAAAUGUAUUGCUUUAUGUUCGAGAGGAGUUAAUUUUAUUGAUGUUGCUUGUUUAAAUAAACACAACAUUAAACUAUUCCAUUAUGAUGAAUCAUCUACUCCUGCUUCCUUACAAAAAUUUCAAUUAAAUCAAGUUAGCAAUGAUGUUGCAGAUUGUGCCAUGUGGCAUGUCCUUGAAGGUUAUAGAAAAUUUUCUUCAUUUAUGAAGGAAUUAAUAGCAACAAAUCACACAAUAAAGGCUCGUCAAAAUCUCAUCCUUAAAAAUGAUAACGAUUGCCAAUUGGAUAAAUUUGUCUUUGGUCAUGAACUGUCAAUUAAGAAGGGCAAAUAUAUAACUUCUCCAAGAGAUCAAAAAGUUUUAAUUAUGGGGAUGGGAUCGAUUGGUAUUAAGAUUGCUGAGAAGUUACAUUACGGUCUUGGAAUGGAGGUUCAUUACACAAGAAGAACACCCUUUAAAAAAACAGAUGAUUCAAUAAAUGAUCAAUGGAUAUACCAUCCGAUGUCUGCAUUAUAUGAUGAUUUAUAUCAAUUCGAUACUAUUGUUGUUUCAUUACCAGGUACUCCAGAAACUAAUCACCUAAUUAAUUCAGAAUUUUUGAAAUGCUGUAAAAAGGAAGAUCUAAUAUUAGUGAAUACUGGUAGAGCAACAGUCUUUGAUAUGGCUGCUAUUGAAGAAUCGAUACAAACAGGACAAAUUAGACAUAUUGGUAUGGAUGUUUUUACCAAAGAGCCCACAGUUGACGACAUUUUAUUGAACGAAGAUUAUCUACAUUUAGUGACAGUAACACCACAUAUUGGAAGCGGUACAGAACAAGUCUUUGAUCAAAGCACAAAUUUGGCUAUUUUUCAACUAAAAAAUUAUCUAAUCAAUUUUAACCAAUAG